AUGACCGAUACAGAAGACACCUCAAGCAUGGAAAAAAGCGAAGUCUCGCUUGCUACUGAUCGCCUUGUUUCGACUCUCGUGCCCAGCGUCGCAAAGGUCGUGAAACUGUCUCACGAGUUUCCAUCGUCAGCCACCCCUGCAUUCACUUACUACAAUGACUUUCCUCAGUAUAAGGCUGUGAUGAAUGGAAAUGCCAACAAAAUUUUGUCUUUAAUUCAAAACAUCAUGGAUGAAGUCCAUGGUGAAGGCAAUAUUUUAGAUACCCCGCAAGUGAAAUCGUUCGAAGAAAAAUUCGCAACAAUAGUGGAUGUUAAUGAUCGCAUCCUUGAUCAUGUUGUUAAAAAAUCUGAAAAGGACGCCAGCGUAAGAAACGCGGGAGGAAUGCCGGGCUCUGUUAAAUUACUUACGGCGAAGAACGUUUCGCGGCCUCAAGUUCUUUUUUCCCGUCAGCCGAAUAACACAGCCACUCCAUUUCGUCCGCUUCUUAAGAAAAAACCGAAUGCAAUUGUUCCUCUUGAGAGUUCAAUUAACACAGACAAUCCAGAAUCAGAGGACUACCCUCAUCCAUAUCUCCAAGAACUGGAGGCCUUCGCAAAUGAAAUCGCCAACAAGGACUACGUUAUUGACACACUUGCUUUACGGGAUCACCUGGAGUGCCUCAAUGAAGUUUUCACUGACCCAGCCAUUGUCAAGCUAAUUUCCUUCUUUGCACACAGACCUCUUCCACAGGAGUUGCUUCAGUACGCUCGUUCAGAUACACACUAUCUGCUCUAUAUUGCGGAACAGCUCCGCGGUCAUCUCUCUGAUCGGGGUUUACUUCAGUCGGCCAUGGAACGCAGCCGUGAGCUCUGCCUGCGCAUAUACCAAAAGCCGAAAUUUGAUCCGCUUGGUUACCUCUCACUGUACAAGAUGUCAAGUGGAAACAGUCUAAACAAGAGGCAACUGUACGCACUCAAACAACUCCACGCUCUGCGAGACUCAAUUGCUCGACGAGAAGACGAAAGUUUACAGUACGUACUCCCGAACCAUAUGAUGAAGACGAUUGCGGAAGAGCUGCCCAGGGAAACUACGGGCAUUUUUGCGUGCUGCAGUCCUAUCCCUCCGCUGGUGCGAAAAUACGUGUACGACAUACACAAAAUCAUUCUUGAUGCCCGAAAUAACAAGCUCAGCGAUUUGGUAAGCCAACGGACCUCUAAGUGUGCUGGCCUUUAGGUACUCAUGUUCAUCCUUAAAUUGACUGCCAGACUGCGGUCCUCAAUAUCAUUCCUGUACAUGUUGGCUUUCUUUAUAGGUCCCACUAUCACGGAUGCCUGGUGCCCACCUUCUAAACUCGGAAAGUCCUUCGAAAUGAAAUCUAUCCCACCCAGUGGUCUGUACAAAGGUUAUUCGGACCCUAGCCGCGGUGUGCUUCACAAGAUAUUGAAGUGGCUACAAAAGAUGCCCGUUGUGGCAGCUGCUCCCGAAGAUUCUGAGUUGAUUAAAAAGGCUGCGGAACCACCAACGAAAGUCGAUGACCCAUUGGUUCGAUUACUACCAAACAAGAAGGAAGAGGACUCCAGAUUGAUGACAGCAGUUGAGGUAAUUCAGGUCUCCGAACUGGGUGAUGAUUAUCGGCCCAGUAGUGAUUCCAUCCAAACACCCUCGCGGUCUCACUUUUCUGUCAACAUGAAGGCAGGCAAAAAGGCUACAGCGACGGGCCGGCAGCAGUGGAAGGCUGAAAAGCGCCCAAACAGGCUUCCCGGUGGCCGGCCGGUCAAACGUUUCUCCGGUGAGAAACCGGAGUUCUCUACCUCGAGGGCGCCUAUCGCUGGUGAACCGUCUAAUCCGGUUGGAACCGCUGCCAACAGUUCCCCCUCUGCUAUUCAACACUCGGCUCAAAACAGUAUGAAGAUUAAGAAGAAGAAGAAGCGAAAACAGGAUUUCCGGAAUGCCAACAUUGGGAACACGGCCCCAUCCGGCGAGGGUGGAAGAGGGUGGGCGGGCUCCCAAACCGUGAUACCUCCUGACGGUCUCGCAUCAAAGUCAUCUGAAAGU